AGGGGCCCGUGGCCAUGAGUGAGCUGGGCACGCAGAAGACUGGCGAUGGCACCGUUUCUCGCCUGCUCAACGUGGUGGAGAGUGAGCUCCAGGCGGGGAGGGAGAAAGGCGACCCCACGGAGAAGCAGCUUCGGAUCGUCCUGGAGGACGCCCCUCUUUGGCAGAGGUUCAAGGAAGUCACUAAUGAGAUGAUCGUGACCAAGAAUGGCAGACGGAUGUUCCCUGUUCUAAAGAUUAGUGUCACAGGGCUGGACCCCAAUGCCAUGUACUCCCUCCUGCUGGACUUUGUCCCCACGGACAGUCACCGCUGGAAGUACGUCAACGGGGAAUGGGUGCCCGCGGGCAAGCCAGAGGUCUCCAGCCACAGCUGCGUCUACAUCCACCCGGACUCGCCCAACUUCGGGGCCCACUGGAUGAAAGCGCCCAUCUCCUUCAGCAAAGUCAAGCUCACCAACAAGCUCAAUGGAGGUGGGCAGAUAAUGCUGAAUUCUCUGCAUAAAUACGAGCCCCAGGUUCACAUAGUGCGCGUGGGAGGUGCCCAUCGGAUGGUCAUGAACUGUUCCUUCCCCGAAACCCAGUUCAUAGCUGUGACUGCCUAUCAGAAUGAGGAGAUAACAGCUCUCAAAAUCAAGUACAACCCCUUUGCCAAAGCCUUCCUGGAUGCCAAGGAAAGGAGCCACCUAAAAGAUGUUCCAGAAGCGAUCUCCGAGAGCCAGCACGUGGCUUAUUCGCACUUGGGAGGCUGGAUCUUUUCCAACCCGGACGGCGUGUGCACAGCAGGAAACGCCAGUUACCAGUACGCGGCUCCUUUGCCCCUGUCUGCCCCCCACACCCACCACGGCUGUGAGCGCUACCCCAGCCUCCGGGGACACCGGCAGGCUCCCUACCCUCCUGCACGCGUGCACAGGAACCACUCUCCUGCAGUGAAUUUGAUAGAAAGCGCCGGCAAUAACCUGCAAGUGUUCUCCGGAGCUGACAGCUGGACUUCCAUUUCCUCGGCGCCGCACGCCAGCAUCCUGUCUGUGCCCCACACCAGCGGCCCCAUCAACCCGGGGCCCAGCCCCUACCCGUGCCUGUGGACCAUCAGCAACGGCGGGGGGGCCCCUGCCGGGCCUGGCCCAGAGGUGCACGCCGGGUCCCCAGGAGCGUUUCUCCUGGGUAACCCAGCUGUGACCUCGCCCCUCUCCACCCAGACGUCCACUUCAGUGGGUGUGGAGGUCCUGGGGGAGCCCUCGCUGACCAGCAUCGCCGUGUCCACCUGGACAGCGGUGGCCUCGAAUCCAUUCGCGGGCUGGGGUGGCUCGGGUGGGGGUGGGUGCCACUCUCCCUCCUCGCUGGACAGCUAGGCAGGGUC